UUUCACAUUUUAACAAAAAGACAGCAGAGUGGCACGUGAUUUAAUGAUAACACCACACUAAUUCCCACAACCUUUUCUCAUCACCGCCUUGUCCCAACUUCCAAACACUUGCCAUCUUUUUUCUCCUGUUCCUUCACCUAUAAGUAUCUUCUUUUUCGCCGCUCAUUUACAUUGUCAUUAUUUCUCUGUUCAUCGAGAAAAUCAUGAAGAGGCAAGGGAGUAACAUUGAGGCCAUGGCUCAAGCAGCUGGAAAACAUCAAGUUCGAAAGAAGAGCAGGAGAGGUUUGGAUGCCGAUGAGGGAGAAGUAGCGUUGUGUAGCAUGCAGAGUACUUCAGUGUGGUGGGAGGAAUGGGCGUACGUGGAUGAGCAAAUGUCAUGGGCAUCCAUCUGGUCGCCUUUCUGGGAUGUGGAUUUUGUUGACAUGGCUUAUGGUGCAUUGUUCAACGAUGUUGCUUGGGAUGAUGAUAUUUGGGACUUGAAGAACGUCAUGGUCAUACCCAAACAAUGAGAGUUGGAUGAUCUUCUACUAUCAAAGUUGUUCUGGGAAUAUCCUGAUUUGGGCUUGUAACAGUGUGGCUGUUUGUCAGCUUUUAUUAAGUUAGCUUUGCUUGGAUAUAAAUUAGUACAUCAAGAACUCAGGUCUGCCUUAAAGAUAGAUCACAACUACUUAUUCUGCUCUUUACUUUGUAGUUGUAAUUUUAUAAGUUGCAUUAUUAUUGUUUUCCCUUUGGUUUUUGUAUUUUUUUCAACUUUAAUCCAUGAGAGUUUUAUACAA